AUGCGUCGAAAUUCUUUGACCAACAUGCUCGGCGAGUUUGUCGGAUUCAACCGAUCGCCUGGAGCACGACUCUCUUCCCUCUCGAAUCAAGAACUCAAUCAUGCAGUGAAGGAAGAGAAAAGAACAUUCCUGGAACAAGAAGCCGUCGUUCGUCCGGAAAAGAGAAAGCCACGUCAGAGAUAUUUGUCAGAAGGAGAUAUCCGAGUGGUUUCAUCACAUCCAGUUUCAGUCAGCGAAUUGAAAAGAGGACUUUCUGGUGGACAGCAGACAACUGUGAAAGUUUCUGCGAACCCUGCUGGUGGUGAUGAAGCUUCAGUUGAUGUGGUCUUAAGAUCAAAGAAUCCAAAACGAAAGGAUCGACCAACGAGCUUGAUUGAGAGAAUCCGGAGAAAGAUUAGCUACACUAAAACUGGCGCAAUUAUCGAGUCUGAUGAGGAGAAGGAUCACAUUGAGGAUGGACCAACUGGAUUCCCAAAACGACGAGAUUCAACCCUUUCUGAGCGUCUAUUCAUCCCAAUCACACCAGUCGAAGCAGUUCCAAUUCGAAUUGUGCAAGUGUCGAAUUGA